AAACAUAUAAUCAAAAUGUAAAGCUCAGUCCUACCUAUCAAGACACAAACCAUGUAGAUACACAGGAAGCAUACCACACCGUCGCUCUCCACCAUUUCAUCCCAUACCUGAACUCCCAAAGCUACAUGAAGAAACAUGAAGUGUCGAGCGGACCACAUCCCAGGAGUAUGUGCGACCGUUUAUUGUCAUGUCGUCGGGAGGGAGUGUAUGAGUCCCUUCCUCCUUUCCCAUAGCUUCCGACAAACACCGCCGUUCACACCCCGUAGUUCUGACAUCCGAAACGAUAUCGCACUCAAAUUCGCGUCAUACCUUUCCAUGUUUCCGCAAUGGCCAUAUGGUCGUAUGGUCAAAUACUCAUCAACACAUAGCAAACAAUAUAUCCGCCAUAGCAAUCACCCCACUAGUAAAGCAAGAAAAAAGGUUGUAAAAGUAGAGUUAUCUUGGUAUUUAUCGUUUUAUAUUCAUUCAUUCCAAGGUGUUGGUGUGUGUGUGUGUGUCAUGACAUUCGUUAAAAAUCCCCAUCCAUAUCCAAGCAUCUUAUCUUCUUUUCUUCAUUCCCCAUUCUUCCCAAUGUAUAUCGAUUUCAAAAUUCGCGCGUGGAUAUCACCUCUUCUCCUCCCCGAACCCCUCUACCACCAACACUCCCGCACCCUUUUCCACAUCUAUCCGCACCUCGCACACCUCCUCAACCACCUCCUCCUCCCCAACCCCCCAAUUCCACCGCCAAACGCCCACAACAGCCCACCACUGCAGCGCCAUGAGCCCGAGCCCGACGCCCACGGCGCCGAACUUGACCGCCGUGAAGCCGUCCCUGCACUGCGCCGUCCAGUCUGCGUCCCAGCCGAAGGCGUCGUCGGCGUCGUCGCAGAAGUCCGCGACGUCGAACUUUAGGUUCGGGAUGAAGGGGAGGAGGGCGUGGAGGGAGAGGGAGGCCGGGAGGAGGAUGUUGAGGAGGGUGAGGGUGAGGAUGAGGAGCGUGGUUGUGUGGAGGGUUGUGGAGAUGGAGACGAAGGCGGGGUUGAGCUGCCGGUGGGUUAGUUUUGCG